ACUGAACUAAUCACAGAUAUAGUUUUGUCAGAUGUAUUAGAAACAUUACUAAUACCAUCAUCUGAUUUGCUUGAGCUUUCUCCAUCAACCACAAUGAUGUCAGGUACUGAUAGGUUUAAUAUUGUGACAUCUGAAGUAUUUAGAACUGAAUUCAUCACAGAGAUGAUUUCAUCAGAUAUAUUUGAAACAUUACUACUACCAUCAUCAGACCUGUUAGGUUCUUCUCCAUCACCCACAUUGAUGUCUGCUACUGAUAAACUUAAUAUAGUAACCCCAGAAAUAUUUGAAACUGAAGUCAUCACAGAGAUUGUUUCAUCAGAUAUAUUGGAAACAUAUUUACUAUCAUCACCAGAUCAGUUGAUUAUUGUAACAUCAGAAAUAUUUGAAACUGAUGUCAUCACAGAGGUAGUUUCAUCCCAUAUAUUGGAAACAUAUGCACAACCAUCACCAGAUCAGUUGGUUAUUAUGACACCUGAAAUAUUUGAAACUGAACUAAUCACAGAUAUAGUUUUGUCAGAUGUAUUAGAAACAUUACUAAUACCAUCAUCUGAUUUGCUUGAGCUUUCUCCAUCAACCACAAUGAUGUCAGGUACCGGUGGGUUUAAUAUUGUGACAUCCGAAGUAUUUGGAACUGAAUUCAUCACAGAGAUGAUUUCAUCAGAUAUAUUUGAAACAUUACUACUACCAUCAUCAGACCUGUUAGGUCCUUCUCCAUCACCCACAUUGAUGUCUGCUACUGAUGAACUUAAUAUAGUAACCCCAGAAAUAUUUGAAACUGAAGUCAUCACAGAGAUUGUUUCAUCAGAUAUAUUGGAAACAUAUUUACUAUCAUCACCAGAUCAGUUGAUUAUUGUAACAUCAGAAAUAUUUGAAACUGAUGUCAUCACAGAGGUAGUUUCAUCCAAUAUAUUGGAAACAUAUGCACAACCAUCACCAGAUCAGUUGGUUAUUGUGACACCUGAAAUAUUUGAAACUGAAGUAAUCACAGAGAUAUUUUCGUCAGAUGUAUUAGAAACAUUACUAAAACCAUCAUCCGAUUUGCUUGAGCUUUCUCCAUCAACCACAAUAUUGUCAGGUACUGAUGGGUUUAAUAUUGUGACAUCUGAAGUAUCUGGAACUGAAUUCAUCACAGAGGUGGUUUCAUCAGAUAUAUUUGAAACAUUACUACUACCAUCAUCAGACCUGUUAGGUCCUUCUCCAUCAUCCAUAUUGAUGUCUGCUACUGAUGAACUUAAUAUAGUAACCUCAGAAAUAUUUGAAACUGAAGUCAUUACAGAGGUAGUUUCAUCAGAUAUAUUGGAAACAUAUUUACUAUCAUCACCAGAUCAGUUGAUUAUUGUGACAUCUGAAAUAUUUGAAACUGAUGUCAUCACAAAGGUAGUUUCAUCUAAUAUAUUGGAAACAUAUGCACAACCAUCACCAGAUCAGUUGGUUAUUGUGACAUCUGAAAUAUUUGAAACUGAAUUGAUCACAGAGGUAGUUUCUUCAGAUGUAUUUGAAAGAUUACUACUACCAUCAUCUGAUUUGCUUGAGCUUUCACCAUCAACCACAAUGAUGUCAGGUACCGGUGGGUUUAAUAUUGUGACAUCUGAAGUAUUUGGAACUGAAUUCGUCACAGAGGUGGUUUCAUCAGAUAUAUUUGAAACAUUACUACUACCAUCAUCAGAUAUGUUAGGUCCUUCUCCAUCAUCCAUAUUGAUGUCUGCUAUUGAUGAGCUUAAUAUAGUAACCUCAGAAAUAUUUGAAACUGAAGUCAUCACAGAGGUAGUUUCAUCAGAUAUAUUGGAAACAUAUUUACUAUCAUCACCAGAUCAGUUGAUUAUUGUGACAUCUGAAAUAUUUGAAACUGAAUUGAUCACAGAGGUAGUUUCUUCAGAUGUAUUUGAAAUAUUACUACUACCAUCAUCUGAUUUGCUUGAGCUUUCACCAUCAACCACAAUGAUGUCAGUUACCGGUGGGUUUAAUAUUGUGACGUCUGAAGUAUUUGGAACUGAAUUCGUCACAGAGGUGGUUUCAUCAGAUAUAUUUGAAACAUUACUACUACCAUCAUCAGACCUGUUAGGUCCUUCUCCAUCAUCCAUAUUGAUGUCUGCUACUGAUAAGCUUAAUAUAGUAACCUCAGAAAUAUUUGAAACUGAAGUCAUCACAGAGGUAGUUUCAUCAGAUAUAUUGGAAACAUAUUUACUAUCAUCACCAGAUCAGUUGAUUAUUGUGACAUCUGAAAUAUUUGAAACUGAUGUCAUCACAGAGGUAGUUUCAUCCAAUAUAUUGGAAACAUAUGCACAACCAUCACCAGAUCAGUUGGUUAUUGUGACAUCUGAAAUAUUUGAAACUGAAUUGAUCACAGAGGUAGUUUCUUCAGAUGUAUUUGAAAUAUUACUACUACCAUCAUCUGAUUCGCUUGAGCUUUCACCAUCAACCACAAUGAUGUCAGGUACCGGUGGGUUUAAUAUUGUGACGUCUGAAGUAUUUGGAACUGAAUUCGUCACAGAGGUGGUUUCAUCAGAUAUAUUUGAAACAUUACUACUACCAUCAUCAGAUAUGUUAGGUCUUUCUUCAUCUUCCACAUUGAUGUCUGCUACUGAUGCGCUUAAUAUAGUAACCUCAGAAAUAUUUGAAACUGAAGUCAUCACAGAGGUAGUUUCAACAGAUAUAUUGGAAACAUAUCUACCAUCAUCACCAGACCAUUUGUUUAUUGUGACAUCUAAAAUAUUUGAAACUGAAGUCAUAACAGAGGUAGUUUCAUCAGAUAUAUAUGAACCAUGUCUACCAUCAUCACCUGACCUUGAGCUUUCUCCAUCAAUCAUUUUGAUGUCUUUAUUAGAUGAUUUUACUAUUGUGACAUCUGAAAUAUUUGAGACUGAUAUCAUCACAGAGGUAGUUUCAUCAGAUAUAUUGAAAACAUAUUUACCAUCAUCACCUGACCGUGAGCUUUCUCCAUCAACCAUUUUGAUGUCUGUAUUAGAUGAUUAUAUUGUUGUGACAUCUGAAAUAUUUAAAACUGAAUUCAUCACAGAAAAGCUUCCUUCUCCAACAUAUAAUACACACAAAUCUACUCUUGUAUCAUCGUAUUUUAAUUCACCUGACCAUUUAGCAACAUUAACAAUUCGCCAGAUAGAGGGGUCUAUUCUGGACACUAAUCAAACUCCAUCUGAUUUUGCUGAGACUUUUACUAAUAUUGUCACAUCAGAAAUACUAGGAACAGAACCUGCAUCUCCAAGCUUUUAUUCAUUUGAUACCAUGGAAACUGAAUUCAUUACCACAGUCAUAUCAGCAAUUGAUAGCAAGGUAGCAUUUGGUCCAGACACUUCAUCUGACACUCAUAAAACUCCUAAGAUGUCGGAAGCAAAUUACUCAAGCCUUGGCUUAGAAAACUGGACAGCAAUACAGUCUACAGUUGACAUAUAUGAGACAAGUUAUAUUACCAUUGAAGAUACAAGUACACUGUCCAUCAGUGAAGAAUCUUACUUGACAAGUAUGGAAAAGACACAAACAAGUACUGUGGAAGAUCCCUACAGAGAUAGCACCAUAUUUGUAACACAAUCUGAAUUUACUGUCGAAGAAAGUUAUAUUGAUGCUUCAGAAUCAUUAGAUAUUCCUUUGUCUAGUAUAGCAACACCAUCGCUUACAGUUGAUGAUUGGUCCGCUAUUCAUGAGUCUGACUCUAUUUUCACUGAGAUCAUAAUUGAAACUAUUAGCAUGACAGACAGUUUAGAGGCAUUUACAGUUGAUGUCAAUGAAACUGUAUCUGCUGUAGAAAUGACAUCAAUCAUGCCUAAUCAUGCCUGGCAAAGUCUAGCCACUGAAUUGUAUUCAACAGAAUCUGUGUCAUAUAUGUUUGAAAGAGUCACAGAUAUUUAUUCAUCAGAAUGGAGCACCAUAUUUGUAACACAAUCUGAAUUUACUGUCGAAGAAAGUUAUAUUGAUGCUUCAGAAUCAUUAGAUAUUCCUUUGUCUAGUAUAGCAACACCAUCGCUUACAGUUGAUGAUUGGUCCGUUAUUCAUGAGUCUGACUCUAUUUUCACUGAGAACAUAAUUGAAACUAUUAGCAUGACAGACAGUUUAGAGGCAUUUACAGUUGAUGUCAAUGAAACUGUAUCUACUGUAGAAAUGACAUCAAUCAUGCCUUUUUCAACAGUGAGUCCUGUAGAGAUGACCUCAAAUGUGAACCUUUCAUAUUUAUCAACAGACUCAUACACACCUUCAGUAUUGGACUUAAAAUCAUCAGAGGUUGUGUAUGAUUCCACAUCUUUUUACUAUACAGACAUAAUUGAGGUAACAACAACUUAUGAUUCAAUCACAACAAAAGUUCUGGAUGUAGAGGAAGCCACCUCAGUUGUUUUUCUUACAACAAUUUCUGCAUAUGUUACAGAAAGCACAGUGGUAUCUGAUGAUCUUCAAACAUUAUUUUCAUCAUUAAUUACUGAAUAUGAAACAGAGGCUGUGACACUGGGCUCAUCAGGUAUUAUUCCAACUGCAGAAUUAUCUAUGCCAAUGCUGUCAGUACAAAUCUCUGAAGAUCUUUCAUUAUUUACUGAAUAUGAAUACUCAACAGAAGUGCUAACUUUGGAACCAUCAGAUAUUGUUUCAACUUUAGAAUUAACAUUUACUCCACUGUUGGUAGUAGAUACACUAGGUUCAUCAAGAGCAACCACUAUUGCAGAGACUGUGUAUUCAACUAAAUUUGCGGAUGUUUCUUCACCAACAUUCACAAUAACAGACAGCUCGAUAUACGAUGAACUUUCUACAUUCAUUGUGGUAACAUCUAGAUUUGAACUUGAUGCAACUAUAGAUUUUUCAAGUUCUCUAGUUACAUCAACUGACCUGUCUCUAGCGGACCCUUAUGUAUCUUCUCUACAAGACAUGUCUCCUUCUUUUAUGUUGUCAGACACAGAUGCUGUCCUUGAACUGUCACAUUCCAUCUCUCUAUCUGGAUCAGAGAUAUCAUCUAAUAUUUACGAGACUGUUGUAUCUACAGAAAUGUAUCCAUCAUCACAAUACUUAAGUCAUGCAAUUUCGCAAUCAUCAGUAUUGUCAUCAUUUGAAGUGAGUCAUCUGACCACAUCAUUUGAUUUAAAAUCAGAAUCAAUUGAUUUUUAUGAAUCAUUUUCUACUCAAAUAGAAUCAUUAGCAUUUUCUUCUGUAUCACAAUUUGAUGCAUUAACAUCACUUUCUAGUACAUCAGCAAUUAAUUCAUUUAGCACCAGUAAAUAUGCAAGUUCAUCUUUAAUAACAAAUGAUGCAUUGAGUCAAUUAUUUUCAAGCUCUGUAUUUCCAACGGAAUCACUGGAAUCUGAAAACAUGGGAAUGAUCUCUACUGCAUCAGUACCAAGUAUAGGCUUAUCAAUGAUGUCCUCACUUGAUCAAGUAGCUACUGAAACUCUUGAAACUACCAGUUCAGUAUUUCCAUCAUCUUCAAUAUUGUCUGCCACUCCUACCCCUUCAAUGAUGUUUAAUGCAUCAGAGGUAUUCCUUAAUACAGGCAAUUUUAUUACUAUACAAGAAACUUUAUCUAUGUAUCCUUCUUCAAGUAUAAGCUUACCAAUGUUGUCAUCACUUGAUCUAGUGACUCAAGAAACAAAAAUUUCAGUGUCUUCAUCAUCUUCAAUGCUAACUGCUACUACUACCCCGUCAAUGUUGUUUACUGCAUCAGAGGAAUUCCUUAAUACUGGCAGUAGUAUUAAUUUACAGGAAACUGUAUCAGUAUAUCCUUCUUCAAGUAUAGGCCUACCAAUGUUUUCAUCAGUUGAUCUAGUGACUCCUGAAACAACAACUUCAGUGUCUUCAUCAUCUUCAAUGCUGUCUGCCACUACUACCCCGUCUAUGUUGUUUACUGCAUCAGAGGAAUUCCUUAAUACUGGCAGUAGUAUUAAUAUACAGGAAACUGUAUCAGUAUAUCCUUCUUCAAGUAUAAGCCUACCAAUAUUUUCAUCACUUGAUCUAGUGACUCCUGAAACAACAAUUUCAGUAUCUUCAUCAUCUUUAAUGCUGUCUGCUACUCCUACUCCAUCAAUGCCAACUACAGAACCACCAGACACAACAUCACAAUUACCAGCAGUACCAAUGGAAGAACAGCUUAUAAUAGUAUUAAAUGUUGAUGAGAACACUGAUGUGCAGUCAUCAACAUUUCAACAGGAGCUUAGCUAUGAUCUUGAAGAACUUUACAUUAAGGGAAAACAAAAUGUUGCAUCAAGAAGGAAGAGGAGAGCCUUGGGUAGAGCAGAUUAUAUGCAAAGUGUAGUGAAAGAUGAUUUUCUUUUCUAUGGUAUAAAUAUAAACCAAAACAUAGAGAAGAGAGAUAAGAUGGUGCCUUACAAACUCAGAAGAAAAAGAAGAGAAACCCAAGACCCAGAUGCCAACAUUGAAGUUGUUUUAAGCAGUGUCACUAGAGAUGGUAGCACUCGUGCUAAUGUGAUUUAUUAUGUUGUUGAUAACUCGGCAGUGUCAGCAGAAACUGCACUGAAUGCAUUUAAUCAACUAAACCAGAGUGAUUACGAAAGUAUAAUACCAUAUACGGUCGUUGCAAUUCCAACCUAUGCGGUUCCCCGUGUAACAACGACCCCUGUAAUAACAACCCGAAUUCCAACAAAAGAACCUCAUGCUUCUCACAAUGAUCAACUGGUGAUGCUGAUGAAUGUCAAAGUAAAUGAGGAACCUAGUAUUGAUGAUCUGGAAAAUAAUCUAGAAAUAUUGUACAUAAAAGCUGAGGAAGGACAAAAGAGGAGAAGACGCGCAGUUGGUCUACCAGAUAUUAGCAGUGUUGAUUAUAUAUUUGACAGAUCUUCGUUGACUAAAUUUCUAAUGGGAGACAAAAUUCAUAGCCGUUCAAGAAGAAACGUAGAGGAUCCAAGUGAAUUGUAUGAAGUUUAUGUCACAGAUUCACGAAGAACAACUGAUACUCCGGAAGAGGUGUAUGUCCAGUUUUUUGUGUAUGCUAACAAUGGUGUUGUUGAAGGAAAAACAGCUUUGGAAUUAUAUGAAAGUCUCACUACAGCAGAAAUGAGUGCACAAUUAAAAUAUGAGGUACUGAGCAUCGCACUGUUGAUAGAGCCACCAAAUUUCCUGCCAUUCUGGAUAGCUCUCGGAAUAAUCUUACCCCUGUUGCUGUUCCUGCUUAUUGCCAUGACGAUAUAUUUCUUCUGUAAUAAGAGAAGAGGAAAAAUGGAAAUAACAUCAUUGGAUACUGUGGAUCGUGCUGUAUCUGCUCUGGAAUUAGGUAGUUUUAAGAUCAAUGUUGACCGGGGUAGAAUAAUCACUAAUGAGACAAGCUUUAACGAACCUAGAAUAAUUACACCAAGGUAUCGAAAUGGAAAACACAAACGUUCAGUUGAAAUAAGAGAGACUGCCUUGAAUGAUAUUCCUGUUAAAAGUAUGUCAUCCUGGAAACGAAAUGGAAAAGUACAUCCAUCAUCAUCUAAUGAAAGUGUCAGCGGUGAAAUAUCUCAUACAGAAAUGGAUCAACCUUUGUUCAGCCAUGUUAGAGAACCACGUGCCCUACCAACUCCACCUGCGUAUUCUCAAAACAAGUCUCGUUUCAAGAACUCUGUAGGAGUGCAGCAUGGUAUGAACCUGCCUCCACUCACACCUAAGCCACUUGUUGGUGAUUAUAUUAGUGAUACAGAGACUCAAACAAAGAGACAGCUCAUGUCUCAGGCUGGGGUACCUAAGUCUUGGUACAAAACUCGCUUGUAUCUAACAAUAGAAGACCUAGAAUUUGAAAUAAGUAAGUGGAAGAAAAGACAGGCACAGAAAGCUAAGAGAAAAGAAAAAAAGAAUGCUAGGAACCUGAUGGCGGAGAUGGACCGACAAAGGGAAGACCGAGAAAGGGCACAAAGAGAGCUGGAUGCUAGUGCUACUGAUGAUUCAGCUGAGUAUGAGGAAAAACCAACCUCUAUGUAUGAAUCUGUCGCACAGUUUUUUAGCAAUUUCCCAAAGAUUGAUAGCCUGUUUGAGGAUCAGAAAGCUGCGGCAGCUAAUCCCACUGCACGGAUUGAAAGUAAUGCUAGAAAACAACGAUGGACUAUAGAAGAUGAUGAAGCAUCUUCAUCUCCACAAAUUGCAAAGAAAAAGAAGAAGAAAAAGAAGCAAGUUGCAUCGCAUAAUUAUGACAACGAGAUGUACUCCAGUAGUGCAAUUGCUUCCCCACCUUUAGCAAUACCAAGAUCCAACAGUCAAUUCCCUAAUUAUUAUCAAACACCUAAGCACCAAAAAAGAAAUAGGAGUUCAGAAAAGAUCCAAGAGCCACCUUUACAGAUGUCAGAUGCCAGUGCUAUGUUUGCCGUUCCUUCAAUGCCAGGAGCCUACUACCAGCAUGUUGAAGAUGAGCAGUUUGUACCUGAAAGAGAAUUAGUCCAGCGAAAAUGGUUUGCAGAACGUCAACGUCUGAAUCAGAUGCUUGACGAAGUGUUUGCCAUCAGUUCCACAUCUCAAAAUCCUAGACAUCCUCCAAACCAUGUGUAUGAAUCUCAAAGACAGAAUGCCUCAGCACCCUACAAUCAACCACCAUAUUAUGCAAGUUCUUACAGCCCACCGAGAGCAUACAGGGAGAGUGAGUUUGGUUUCCCAGGGUCUUAUGGUCCUGAUAGAUAUGUACCUGAAUUAGACCACCUACCAUCUCAGUAUAACACCCUCCAAAGAGAGAGGAGUCCAGUUAGAGACUCCAGAUAUCACCAAUUACAGUCUAGAUCUCCACCAUCAAAUAAAAAAGGCAAAGGGAAAAGGGAUACUAGACAAGAUGAUCUGCAAGAAGAACUUACUUCAAGAUUAAGAGAGAUUGGACAAGCGAAUACUCUGUUGUAUGAUAAAAAUCCUGGAAGAGUAACAGGAAGAUCGAAGAGAAAAGUCGCCCCAAGCAGUGAUGAAGGAUCGUCACGUUCACUUGAUGCCUGGAAAAGUAGAGAAGGAGGUAGUGAUACACCAUACAAAGCAUUGAAAGAAACAGACGGUGAUCACACCUCUGGUGGCUCUUCAGCAGCCUAUGAACUUGAUGAACUCAAGAAAAAGAACAAGGAACUCCAAAAACAACUGAAAGAGCAGCGUUCUAACGUAGAGAAGGCUUUAGCAGAUGUUGGACAGGAUGCCAAAACUGGUGUUGGUGAGCCUCGUCUUAAUGCAACUCAGCAAUCCAAAUCCCAGCAAAAACAAGAUGACUUGUCAGCAUUGGCAAGGUUGAAGAAGACAGUAGAGGAGUUAACAAACAAAAUCACACCACAGGUUUGUUUGAUCAUAAUAUCUUGCUAGAUAAGUUUAUUGUACAUUUCAUGCUCAAAUCUUGUUCU